AUGUGGUCGUUGGGGCUGCUGCUGCUGCUGCUGAGCGAGUCGCUCGCCCACAACGGCAGCUUCGUGGCCUUUAACAAUGUGUGGACAGUGCAUUACCCACCACGCAAGUCAAACGUACGUCGGCAGAGCACCUUCUCGCCCGCCACGCCGUUCCCCUGCCAGGACUCCAUACCAUGGGGUCGAAGCAGACAGGUCCCCACUUCGGUGCACAAGCUGCGACCAGGGGACAUAGAUGUGGUGGCUGCGAUCGGAGACUCGUUGGUCGCGGGGAGCGGGGCCUUGGAGGAGUUCGCUCUUGGCGCCAUCGUGGAGUAUCGAGGAGUCUCGUGGUGUGCCGGCGGCGACAGCACCUGGCGGGAGUACCUGACGCUGCCUAACAUCCUCAAGGAGUACAACCCCAACCUGCGCGGCUACUCCACCGGCACGGGGGAGUGGCUCGCGAAGAACUCUCGACUCAACGUGGCUUUCCCUGUUGCUUCUGAUCAGGACGCCUAUAAACAGGCUAAGAUUCUAGUAGCGCGCAUGCGCUCGUCGCCUGACAUUGACGUGUCUCGCGACUGGAAGAUGAUCACAGUGUUCAUCGGCGCCAACGACCUGUGCUCGGCUUCCUGCCUGUCGCCCGUGGCCUGGUCUCCGGCCGCACACGCCAGGAAGCUGGCCAAGGCGCUCGACUACUUCCACAAACAUUUGCCCAGGACUAUUAUCAACCUCAUACCUGUACUUGACGUCUCAGUGUCUGUCCGAGUGUUGCGGCCUCUGAUGUGCCGCCUCAUGCAUCCUCUGUUCUGUACGUGCUUCCACCGCGGCGGAGGAGAACUGCUGGAUUUGGUGCGACAAGCGCGGCUGUACCAGGCUGCUGAGACCGCUCUCAUCGACUCCGGCCGCUACGAUACCCGUGACGAUUUCACGGUGAUAGUCCAGCCGUUCAUGCGCCUGUUCAACGCGCCCAUGCCGCCCACGCAGCCGCUGUCGCUCGUCAUCCACCAGUCCUACAUCACGCACGACUGCUUCCACUUCUCGCAGAAGGGACACGCACUUGCUGCGAACCUCCUGUGGAACAAUCUCCUGGAGCCAGUGGGCAAUAAGUCGGACAACGUGCCCCCGGUGCUGAUGAACUCCUUCCGCUGCCCUUCUAGGAGUGCGCCUUUCAUCUUCACCGCCAAGAACUCGCAGCAGUUCCUCAAGACUGGCCAGCAGGAGGGCGCUUUCGACCCAUAACUCCUGCAGCGACCUCUCCGUGCAACUGACGUACAACUGAGCCAUCACGUCUGUCGCUUUUAAUGAUAUGCGAGACCUGACUUUGGUCUUCCCUUUUGACGCUCCUGCCAGCUGCAUCCAGGACC